UUCAAAGAGCUACAACCAACAAGUCAACAAGUCAACCGACAAAUCAAAUCAAUUCAACAUGUUCAAAUACGCCGUUGUUAUCUGCGCUCUGAUUGCCUGCGUUGCCGCAAAGCCAGGAUUUCUGCACACUCCUCUCGCUGCGCCUGCUGCCGUCAUUGCUGCACCUGCUCCAGUGGUUACCGCUGCCAGUAGCCAGGUCGUGGCCAGAACCUUCAAUGGCAUUGCUGCUGCGCCUGUGAUUGCUCCAGUUGCUGCUCCAGUGAUCAGAGCUGUGCCAGCUCCUUUGGCGGCUCCCGUUUUCAGGCAUGUGGCACCAGUUGCAGCCCCAUUGGCCACUCCAUUCGCCGCCCCAGUGGCAACUCCAUUUGCUGCACCUAUCAUUAAAACCGUAGCACCAGUUGCGACUCCUUUCGCUGCUCCACUUACGGCUCCAUUUGCACAUCCCUAUGCGGCACCUGUCUUCGCCAAAUACACCGCCCCAUUGGCAUACGGACCUGCUCCAUUGAGCUAUGCCGCAGCACCCGCUUUGUGGUAAGAGCCAAAGUCCGGCAAGGAUUAACAGCGUGUAUGUUCAAUGACUGAUAGCCUUUAAUAAAACUCGUUCAACUUGGUACAAAAAGUAAAAA